CUGCCGGAACAUCGGCACUCUCAAAUCAGUACAGAUGCAUUAAGACAAACCGCACCUUCACCCCUUCCCCCUUUUCUUUUCUUUUUUUUUUAAUUCUUUUGGUGGGAGGUUGAUAUCUGCUCUUCAAAUAUCUGGACUUCCCACAAGAGUGGACCUGAGUUUCCACUUUGGAUUUCGGUGCUAGAUUUGAAUCAUGGGGAUCAAGGCGGCCCUGCCUAAGGCUGAGCUCUACCUCUACACUGCUGUCCUCUCUCUGGCUCUCCUGUGGGCAGGAAGCUGGAUCUUCGAGGCAUCCAGCGAGAAUGUUAACAGGAAGGCCUUUAAGGGGAGUGUGAAACCAGGAUGGCACUACUUUGGCAGAAAAAUGGACGUGGCUGACUUUGAGUGGGCGAUGUGGUUCACUACCUUCCGCAACUACAUCUUGUUUGCCCUCACUGGUCAUGUGAUCUUCGCCAAAAUCUGCUCCAUGAUUUCUCCCAAGCACAGGUCUCUGAUCUACAUGCUGUAUGGCUUCAUGACCGUGUUCGUCAUCAUGGGCUGGACGUACGUCUCUCUCAUCCUGUCUCACUGCAUCCUCCUCUACAGUGUAGCCCUCAUUAAGAGGAAGUGGCUCUGCUUCCUGGCUGGGCUCACCAGCCUGGCCACCUUCAAGAUGGAGCCCUUCAGCUCUUGGCAGGCUGGCUUCGUCACUGGAACCUUCAACCUUCAGGAUAUCCUGUUCUACGGAGGCUGUGGGUUCUCCAUCAUGCGCUGCAUGAGUUUCGCACUGGAGAACUGCGAGAAGAAGGAUGGUCACUACAGCUUCAUGGAUUUGGUCAAGUACAACUUCUACCUCCCUUUCUUCUUCUUCGGACCCAUCAUGACGUUUGAUCGAUUCCACGUGCAGGCCAACAAUCCUAACCUGAUUCGUAAAGAUCGAGAGAUGUGGAACAUCACCAUCCGGGCUUUGGUGCACCUUGGAGCCAUUUUGGUGGUGGACGUGUUCUUCCAUUUCCUGUAUAUUUUGACUAUCCCGAAUGACAUGAAGCUGGUGAAAGACUUGUCUGAUUGGUCAUUAGCUGGUUUGGCAUACUCAAACCUGGUGUACGACUGGGUGAAAUCAGCCGUCAUGUUUGGCGUUAUCAACACAGUGUCUCGGCUAGACCACCUGGACCCUCCCAAUCCCCCUAAGUGCAUCACCAUGCUGUACGUCUUCGCCGAAACGCACUUUGACAGAGGCAUCAACGACUGGCUAUGCAAGUAUGUCUAUGACUAUAUUGGUGGAAAUCAUGACGGAAUCUUCAAAGAGCUGGUCGCUACGAUCUGCACCUUUAGCAUCACUACUCUGUGGCUUGGACCUUGUGAGCUGGUGUACAUUUGGUCCUUCUUCAACUGCUUUGGCCUGAACUUUGAGCUGUGGGUGGCUAAGCUCUUCUCCCUGCCGCCUUUGUCUACCAUUGAGGGUCUUAUGUCUGAGGCAAUGUCACGGCGUAUCAGAGGGCUGUUCAACGCUGUUAACUUCUGGCAAAUCGUCCUGUAUAACGUCCUUGCACUGAACAGCCUGGAUUUUGCUAAGUUUGUGGCCAAGAGACUGUUGUUCAAGGGCUUCCCUGUGUCCACUCUCUCAGUGCUGUUAGUGACCUACUGCGGAAUACAGCUGGUGAAGGAGCACGAGCGAAAAAAGGCCCUGCUCGAAGAACCCGAGCCAAGCAAACCCAAAACCGAUUAGACGAGCAGACAGUGACGUUUUGCCGAGUCCGAGCUUCUCAUACCAAACCCAAGCAGCUCCCAUCACCAUGGUCACUGCUCGAAACAAGCCUGUUUAAUAAGCACAUGGUGUUUUUUUAACUGUGAAUAGGGCUCAAGUGCACUUGCUGUACAAGUUCUAACUCCUUUCUCAGAGACUGCCACAUACGAACCAAGUGCAUUUUUUUAUUCAUUUUAUUUAAAUUUAUUAUGGAUUGUCUGGAGAAUGGGCUUGCCAAAUAUUUUAUGCAGAUAUAAUAUAUUGAACGAUUAAAGAUGAAAAAGUC